AUGAUCACUACCGCGGCAGUGGUGUCCGUGACGCCCGAGAUAAGGACACUGGACGAGAUCGAGAUCGAGAUCGAGACAGAGACAGAGACAGAGACCGGGAGAGAGACAGAGAUAGAGAUCGAGACCGGGAGAGAGAGAGGGAGCGGGACAGGGACAGGGACCGAGAGAGGGACAGAGACAGAGACAGAGACAGAGACAGAGACAGAGACAGAGACAGAGACAGAGACAGAGACAGAGACAGAGACAGGGACAGGGACAGGGACAGGGACAGGGACAGGGACGGAGAACGACACCGGGACAGAGAGAGGGACAGAGAUCACGGCCGAGACCGACGCAGAUCGAAAGACCGAUACGCAGCGAGACCCCGAUCAGCAGAUCGUAGGCGCAGCCAUAGUCGUGAUAGCAGCAGGGCCUACCAAGGUCGCCACGACUCGCGGGAUCGGGCUGAGCCCUCAGCACGCAGCAAUGCUCGCAAGAUGGCUCCCCAAGGCCAUGAGGGUGACGGCGGACUCACGACACCCGGAGGAUGAUCGUCGGACGGAAGCCGAAAAGAAGGCCGAGCGUCUUGCCAGGAUUGAGGCUUGGAAGAAGAAGAAAGAGGUAAAGGGACAAAAACCGACGGCGGCGGACGUGAGCGAGACCAAAAGUUCCUUGCCCGAGGUCGGCCAGACAGCAAACCCCUUGUCACCAAGCGCGCCCUCUCCUGGCCCUUCCUCUCUUACCACGCCGGCGGCCGUCGAUGAUUCCGGCAGCGCCUCCCCGGCACUGCCAUACACUGGCAAGUUUGAUCCCAAGUCCAUCGCCAAGAAAUCGGCUGCCUCCCGCUCCCACGACACUUCCAAGUCGGUCUUGGGCCAGGUUGAGGUGGAACAGGCAAGGCUUGCUGCGUCAAAGGCAACUCCGCAAACAGCGACAGCAGCGUCCGCUCUUCCGGCAAAUCGCGCAAAAGCUAGCGGUUUCGGUUUCGGAAAGGCUCAAGCGGAAGGCAGCAAGCUACCCAACAAGCGGAUGCUUGAUCUUGACGGUGACGACACGGUGAAGCGAAAGCUCAUUAAGCUCCCUGCCCUGCCCGUUGAGACGGACGACACGCCGUACGCUGACGAGGAGGAGGAUGAUUCUGGCGAAAAUAUCGCCGAAGACGAGGAAGCAGCCGUCGCCGCAGACCGCGCAGCGCAUGAAAGACGGCUGCUGGCCGAAAACCAGGCGGACAAGGACAAGGAAAUGGACGAGGUAAAAGACGGGGAAACAGACGGGGAAAAGGAGGGGAGGGGGGAGGGGGGAAGUGAAGAGGAGAAUGACGGGGAAGGGGUUGACGGAAAGGGCGAUAUCAACGUCAAUGCGGAGGAGGAGGCCGCCUCGGCCGUUGAGGUCGAUACGCAGGAUCGCGCAGAGGAUCAGGAGAUGGAGGAUGCGCCCGUCGCCGACGCCGCCAAGGUGGAGGAUGCUCAAGCAAACCCCGUGGAGAAAAUGGACGUCGAUGUGGUGGAGGAUGUCGAUCCGCUGGAUGCUUUCAUGGCCGAACUUACGCGGUCCGAAGCCGUCAAGGCAGCCAAGCCGGCUCGCCCCGCGAAGAAGGCUCCGGAACCUGAGACCUAUUUCGGCGACGAUGACAACAUCUUUGACGCCGAUGCCAAGUCUGGCGCGGGCGACAUCCUUGCCAUGGCAAACAAACGCAAGAAGAAGGACAUUCCCACGACCGACUACAGCAAACUUCAACUGGAGCCGGUGCGGAAGGACUUUUGGGUCGAGCCGGCCGAGGUGAGUGGGCUCACGGAAGUCGAGGUGGCGGAGCUGCGUCUGGAGCUCGACGACAUCAAGGUCAAGGGCAAGGAUGUUCCCAAACCGGUGCAGAAGUGGGCUCAGUGCGGCUUGACCCGACAGACGCUGGACGUCAUCAGCGACCUGGGAUACGAAAUGCCCACGGGGAUCCAGAUGCAGGCCAUCCCGACUCUCAUGUCCGGCAGGGACGUCAUUGGCGUCGCCAAGACCGGUUCCGGCAAGACGAUGGCCUUUCUUCUGCCCAUGUUCCGUCACAUCAUGGAUCAGCCGUCGAUCAAGGAUACCGAUGGUCCCAUCGGCCUCGUCAUGACACCGACGCGCGAGCUCGCGACGCAGAUCCAUAGGGACUGCAAGCCUUUCCUGAAGAGCAUGGGCCUUCGCUCCGUCUGCGCCUACGGUGGCGCGCCGAUUCGCGACCAGAUCGCCGACCUCAAGCGAGGCGCCGAGAUCAUCGUGUGCACUCCCGGCCGCAUCAUCGAUCUCUUGGCCGCGAACCAGGGGCGAGUGACGAAUCUCCGCCGAGUCACGUACGUGGUCCUCGACGAAGCCGAUCGCAUGUUCGACAUGGGCUUCGAGCCGCAGGUGAUGAAGAUCUUCGCCAACAUGCGGCCCGACAAGCAGACGGUCCUCUUCUCCGCAACCAUGCCCCGGUUGGUGGACUCGCUGACGAAAAAGGUGCUCAAGAGCCCGGUCGAGAUCACGGUGGGCGGGCGAAGCGUCGUCGCCAAGGAGAUUGAGCAGAUCGUCGAGGUUCGCGAGGAGAGCACCAAGUUCCUGCGCGUGCUCGAGCUGCUGGGCGAGCUCUACGACGGCGACGAGGACGCCCGCACGUUGAUCUUCGUCGAGCGUCAGGAGAAGGCCGACAGCCUGCUGAAGGAUCUCAUGCAGAAGGGAUAUCCGUGCAUGUCCAUCCACGGCGGCAAGGAUCAGGUGGACCGGGACUCGACGAUAUCGGACUUCAAAAAGGGCAUCUUCCCCAUCUUGAUCGCCACGUCCGUCGCCGCCCGCGGUUUGGACGUCAAGCAGCUGAAGCUCGUCAUCAACCACGAUGCGCCGAACCACCUGGAAGACUACGUCCACCGCGCCGGCCGAACCGGCCGGGCCGGCAACACGGGCGUCGCCGUGACCUUUGUCACGCCCCAGCAAGAAAAUUGCGCGACGGGCAUCGCCAAGGCGCUCGAGCAGAGCGGACAGCCGGUGCCGGAGAAGCUCGAGGAGAUGAGGCAGGCGCACCGAGAGAAGGUCAAGUCGGGCAAGGCAAAGGACUCGUCCGGCUUCGGCGGCAAGGGACUGGACCGGCUUGAUCAGGAACGCGAGGCGGCCCGGCAGGUGCAGCGCAAGACGCACAGGGCCGAGGGCGAGGAGGAGGAGGAGAAGGAGGAGAAGAAGAACAAGACGGAGGACAAGGAUGAGAAGGCACUGGACGCCAUCAAGGCUGCCGUCUCGUCCGUUCACGCCCGCGACGGGCCCAAGGCCGACGAGGGCGACGUCAAGGGCGGCCAGCCAAAGAGCGGCGGCGCGCCGGCGGCGGCGGCCGACAGGAUCAACAAUCCCCUCGACCGGGUCAGCUCGGCCGCCAGCGCCAUCAACAGCCGGCUGGGGAAGACGGGCCAGCUGCGGUCCGGCCAGCCGAUCGACAACAAGGGCCCCGACGCAGGCGCUUUCCACGCGACGCUCGAGAUCAACGACUUCCCGCAAAAGGCACGAUGGGCCGUCACGAACCGCACCAACGUGGCCAAGAUCCUGGACUCGACCGGGACCUCGAUCACGACGAAAGGAAGCUUCUAUGCUCCCGGCAAGGAGGUCCCGCCGGGCGCGGACCCCAAGCUGUACAUCCUCAUCGAGGGCGACACGGAGGUGUCCGUGAGCGGCGCGUUGCAGGAAAUGACGCGACUAUUGAAGGAGGCAACGAUCGCCGCUGCCGACGCCGACAGCCGGGCGCCUGCGAGCGGACGAUACACGGUUACGUAG